AUGCUUUUCACCUCUGUCUUUGCGAUGAUUGCACUUCUCGGCGCCGGCUCACUCGGGGCUGCCGUGGGGCUUCCUAAAGAACAGGAUAGCCAUCAAGAACUGUCGCAAGCCAACGAAAAGCCCGAGGAUUUUGCCAAGCGUCUUUUCAAGGGAGACAUCCUGUAUCGUGAUGUUGAUGAGACCGAACCUGCAGGUUUGGACAAGCGUCUAAACAGGGGUAUCAUCUACCGCAAGUCUGAUGACACUGAACCCGAGACUCUUGACAAGCGUAUAUUUGGAGAUAUCAAGUAUCGCCACCUUGACGAAACCAAUCCUGAGAAGCUUGAAAAGCGUAUUAAUAGGGGCAUUGCCUACCGCAGGUCUGAUUAUAGUGAACCUGAGACCCUCGACAAGCGUCUUCACCAUGAUAUUGUCUACCGCAGGUCUCAUGACACUGAACCUGAGGCCCUCGACAAGCGGGGAAUCGUCUACCGCAGGUCUGAUGAUAGUGAACCUGAGACUCUCGACAAGCGUAUCUUCGGUGAUAUCAAAUAUCGCCACCUUGAUGAAGCAAAUCCCGAGAACCUUGACAGGCGACUCAAUCGGGGCAUCGCCUACCGUGAGGCUGAUAACACUGACAUGGGGAGUCUAGAUAAACGUCUCCACAGGGAGAUCGUCUAUCGCAGAGACGUUUAAUGAGCUAUCGUCAGAAUAGCUCAAAUGUCCUUUAUGGCAGGCUCACAUCUUAU